AACCCUACAAGCCAAUAUUAUACAAAGGACACGAUACGUUCAUUCGUUGCUUGAUCUUACACUAUCUACUCCUCGAGCCCAGUUGAACCAGGAAAGCGGAGUAUUAUUACCAUUACUUCUUACCAUAUCUCUCACUUCCCAGUAAUAAUAAGGCGGGGGCCAGAUCAAUCCACCAGGAAUUCUUUGGGGAUCUAUUCAAAUCCUCAAUAUUACACCUUACCGUCAUUCCCCAUAUAUCCUUAUUGAGGACCCAUUGGAAUCCUUUCUCCUCUUUUUUGGUCCCUUCGUUUUGGUGUGUUUACUUUUUUGCCUUGUGUAUAGAGUAUUCGCACAAGACAAAACGUUAACAUUGAUACCAAUCAAUUAUUCUUAACAUCAAAUCAUAUCAAGUCAAAUCACCAUCAUUACAAUCUCCAAUACAAUCCCAGCACGAAAAUAUCGCUACGAGUAUUCUCUCUCUUACCUGGAAAUUGGAAACUUCAUCUGUCCGCCUCCUUCUCCUCCUUCGCUAUUCCCCUCUUACGACGACCGGGCGGAGCCAUUCUCUGUAUACACCGAUCCCAAAGGCAAAAUUGUACCCAUCAUUCUCCUAUUCCUUUCCAUUUCUCCAGUUCUUUUUAAUAUAGAACAAAUCUUGAAGAAGGUUACAAAUCGCCACAAGCUUACGGAAGACUUUUCGCUGGUUUCACGGGAUUUUAGCAGGUUUCCGUCCUCCCGUUGAUUUUGCUUUUGCUGCGGCAUGCUGAGUCAAGACAUCACCAAUUUGGUUUUAACAUCGUCUUGGUAUCUUCAAUCAAUCGCCAAUCAAUUCUAGCCUCUUCUCUGGAUUUUUUUUUCAAUCUUUACCUUUGCAUUCCUACGUGGUUCGCAUUUCGGUCCCUUGGUUGGAGCCCGUUUUCAUCUCAUAGGGUAGAUUAGGAUUAACUGGAGAGUCCGUGACCUCAUUCUCUAUCCAAGCCCGCCCUGGACCUGGACCUUGGGAGAUUUUCAAGGAUUGGAGAAGAUCGGACCCAAGAUAUUCAUCCCUAAAUAUCUCAACCUUCCUCUUCAAUUAUCCUUCUCUUAUUAAACCACCUUCAGACUCUUCACAUUGACUCAUUAUUCUAUCGAUAUUUGAAUAGUAAAUCCUUUCAUCAACUCUUUUAACUUUGAAUCAUUUCAAACAGUCUUCCUUUUUGACAACAUUCUUUAAUAUUAUAUCAGCUUUACAACCUUCGCCAUUGCAAUCAAUAGAUUUUCAUCUUCAAUCUUCGCAGCAGAUUAAUAACGGCAUCGACAUCGACAUUGAGAACCCAUUUCUACCCGAUUCUUCGUUUGCUGAACGACGACAAUGCAAUAGAUUUGUUACGAAAGUUUGCAAUUUUACGAGCAACACAUCACACAAUUCCUGCCCUCAUUACUCGAGCCUAGUACCCUCAUUUCCCUUCUCACCAUGGGUUCACAACUACCUCCAGAUCCAUACAAAAUUCUCGGUGUUGAAAAAGAUGCGACAUUACCUCAAAUUCGAUUAGCACAUCGAAAACUUGUUCUCCAGUGUCAUCCGGACAAGGUUCAGGAUCCUAAAUUAAAGGCAAUAAAGGUUGAUGAGUUCCAAAAGGUCCAAGAAGCAUACGAAAUACUUAGUGAUGUAUCGAGAAGAUCAGAGUAUGACCAAACAGUCAAGCUACAGAAGUUGAAGGAGGAGUUGAACAAGACUUCGGCUUCAGCUUCGACUUCGACCCCGACUCCGGCUUCGAGUAGUAGCAAAGCUUAUGAGUACAAUGUCAGGACUGCAGAACCUAGAACGCCGGCUUACAGUUCGUCGUAUCCAAAGACCACGCAAAAAACACCGAAGGAGUCGAAUGUAUAUUCAAAACCCCCACCAAGAUCCUAUGAGGAUUUGUAUGAUGAACCUGCGAGACCAUCUGUCAGGAGGUCAAAAACAACAUCUAGAGAUUCGGAUAGAGAUGAGAGAGAUCGACGAAGGCAGCAGGAUGAAGAUGACAGGGAGAAAUUAAGACGGAAGAUGGAGAAGGAAACAAAACGUGAUCAUGGGGAUCGAAAGAAGUCUCGCGAUAAAGAAAAGAGACGUGGCACAGAGGAUAAAGUACGUCCAGGAACAUAUGUAGAGGAUGAGUCCAGUGAGGAUGACUAUCGACGAAAAGCCGAACGAGCACGAAGGGAGGACGCAAUAAGAGCCGAAGCUGCUGCUCGGGCUCAAAAAGAGCGAGAGGCUCGAGAAGACCGGGAACAGCGAGAAUGGGAGCUCCGUGAAAGAGAUCGAGAAUUACGCGACAGGGAAAGGGAGCGAGAACCGGCUGCUGUGAAAGACUCGCCGAUGGGAGAUAAAUGGAAAGAUCAUAUGGUAAAUGCAGCACGUUAUGUGCAAGCUUCGCGUAGAGAGUCGGAUAUCAAACCAGAGGUGCCACCAGCACCACCGGCGAUGCCUUCGAUGCGCCGUGCAGAUACCUUUGCAGCACCAUCAUCUGGACCAUACAAUAUCCGAUUUGAGGUGCGCCCUCCUGCCUACGAUAACCAUAGUGAUGACGAGUUACCGCGGAGGUCUUCAGCAGCACGGCCAUUGCGACGUCCUGUAGAGACUCCUUCGAAAAGUAAGGAUACGCCAAAGCCAACUAGAAGAUCAGCUAGGGAGUCCCCAUUUGUCAAUACCGGGUCGACUUCACCCACAAAACCAACUCUUCACAAACAAUAUUCGGAACCACCGAUAGUUGGAGUUGCUUCGGGCAGACGAGAACCUAGUCGAUCGAAAACGGACUAUCCUCGAGAACCACCUCCACCACCUUUAUUUACUAGAGCAGCUACAUUUACACAAGGGAUGGGUACAAAGGAAGACCAUAGAGAUAGGGGUCGUGGACCCAGCCGAAUGGUUCAGGAACCAGAUUCGGACACUGAUUCCGGGUCUGAUUCAGAGUCUCCGUCACCCACACCACAAUAUUCUCAUGUUAGACAGCCUCGACGUGAAGCUCCUGAACCUACUGGUACUACCAAAACUUACGUCAUCGGUAGCAACGGGCGAAGUGAACUCAAGAAUUCUUCGUUUCGACCGGAUCUCCGCGAUGAUGCUUACAUGAAGCGAAAUCGAAGUCCGUCGCCCCGUCGAACAACUCGUCCUCCUUUAACACGAAAUGCUGGAAGUUCUUCUCGUCAAGUGCGAUCGCAAUCACGAAGCUAUCACCCGACAUCAGCACCCGAGCCAGCUGAACCCAUAGUUCUCAGUGCUCAACCACCUAGAUCUCGGGAUCCUUCUAGGGGUGCAAAUCGUAGUGUAUAUCCACCACAAUUCAAUAUAAAUUUUGCUCCUCAAAUUACACCGGAUAAAGUUUCUUUUACGACCGGAACACAAUAUGUUAAUCAAAGAAACACCGAAUCGGGGCAUCAUCGCGAUUAUCCGCCCUAUCCCACAGCUCGUGGUCGUGAGUCGGUCUAUUAAGCAUCUGCUCCACACCAAAUAUUUCUCUUUUACGAUUUGUUACAUAAAUUACCUUUCUUGUACCGACACCGACUUUUUGAACCAUACCCCUUUUUAUACAGUAACGACAGCACAGUAUAUCACUUUAUGAUUCCCCACUUUUCUUUCC